AUGGCUCUUCCACCUACACUUGACGACGAGAACUUGUACAAAUUCCGGACAAAAAUUUGCGAGCGCUACGUAAAGCAGGGCCGAUGCGAGUUUGCAGACAGGUGUCAGUAUAGCCAUGACUUAAGGUGGACCCGCCGGCCACCAUGGAAAUACAACUAUUGUCCGGAGCUCUGUCAUGACCUUCAGUUCGUCAAAGACGGGAGGGGACGGACUAUUGCGAAGUCGAGUUGCAAACAGAAACGCAACUGCAAGUUUGCUCAUACGAAGGAGGAACAGGUGUACCACCCAAAGAUGUAUAAAACAAUCAUGUGCAAGCAAUUUCAAACUAACGCCUGGUGCGACCGGUACUACUGUCCCUUUGCCCACACAUUGAGCGAGCUUCGACCAGCUGAUUUAUUUUACCCACCAUCGAAGGUGGUCGGCUCCUGCGACGAUCAAGAUGCUCUCUGCCCGGAUAUAUACCUGCCGUCGGACAAGCCACACCCUCGCCUCAGGGCGAGAUUUCUUGCCAUCAUGGACUCGGUCGGCCCCGGACGUGCACAUCAUUUCGGUUCAACUACGGAAUCGUUAGCGAAUUCAAACCGCACACGCCACGCUUAUUCGGACUUCAUAUCUUCACAUACUCCUCAGUCUGUUCUUUCGGACACCCGCUCGCCGUCGAAUAGUGAGCGAGCUGACAGCGGUACCCCUCCUACCCUGGAAACGACGCGAGUAAAGAACAGUGGAGAGUCACGAGUCCAGCGGCAGGAACAAAGCCUCAGCUAUUCGGCAGCAGACGCGUCCACGUCCGCUCAUGCACAGGAGCAGAAACGCAGCGGUGAAUCCGCAGUAGAACAGAAGGAGCAGGAACUUCAACAUGAGCGUAAAGAUUCUGGUGGUGUGGCUGUUCCAGACUUUCGGAAGAGCGGGGCGCGUCUCCAAGGUUCUGGUCCGCUGAAACACCCCGGACAACGAACGGUGAUCAAGGACAACCAUAUGUCAAUCACAAUAAAAAGCGGAGGAAGCAUUCUGGGGAAUCCUGGCAAUCCAAUUCCCCGACGACCGCGCCACGGCACCAACUGCCCUAUCCCUCAACUUACUACCUCUCCACGUGUUUACACUGGCAAGCAGUCAAGCCAAGACUGUGCAUCGAAUAGUGCGGCUCUGGAGAAGGAAGCCAACAGGGGAGGUGGAAGCGGAGGCUCACUACACACAGAGAGGCUCCCGCUGCUGCCGACGUCAGCUGUGAGCACAAUUAGCGAUGUAGCCAGGAGCCCACAUGCAGCAACACCGUAUGUAAUAUCAUCAGCAUUGCAGUCAAAAAUGAUGGUCGAAGGGAGCCACACAUCAUAUUUACAGCAAGGAUGUCAGGAGCAUGAGAAAGGCUGCAUUCAUCUGGAGAGACAUGUUGUCACCCCGCCAGGACUCUUGCCUCAAAGCACCAUUUUUGGAAGCGAUUGCUGCUGCUCCAUGGUUGUCCCGUCGGUUGGCAUGGUACCUCAACCUGUACGAGAGUUCCUUGAUCACAACUCAGAACAUGUGACUCAAGAAAAGAUGAUCACCACGGCAUCUGUCCACAGCCUAGCAGAACCACUUGAUCGAUGCUCGUUCAAAUGUAACGUACUGCCAGGCGACUGCGAUGACCAGGAAGCUCUCCGGCGGCGGGCGUGUAUAGAACGAAUCACCAGUAGAACGCCAGCGUUUUCCCUGUCGAGCCAACAAAGCCAGUUUGGCGGCCUCAAACAGCUAGCAGAUGAUAUAUACUUCUGGAGUGAGCCUCUUGGACAAUGCAGGGAUGAUCCUAGUGUUCUGGUUUUUCCUGGGGUUGUUCUAGGACCGAAUAAGCAACUACGGGAGCGUGUAGCUAUCAAGCAGGUCCCAGUGGUCGUAACAAGCCGCAUGCGAGAUUCGUUCGCUGAGUUGGAGCAGUUUGUUCACGUCCACGAUCCACUCAUUGUGAACACCAAGGGAGUCUACUGCAUGCACAACGACGACGACGAAGGCAUGUCCCUGAUGUUCGUUUUAGAAAAAUGUGACGGAUGUCUGUCUGACUUGAUCGCUGUUAGUGAUCUGGGUGAGCGCUGCCUCCAAGAGCCUCUUCCGCCGCAGGGAAUGACUGAAAUGCUUUCCCAUUUACUGUCAGGAGUCCUGAAAAUCCAGCAGUAUGGACAUUCUGCACACAUGCGCAUUCACCCAGGCAAUAUUAUGCUCACUCAAAAUUUCGAACUUAAAGUUGGCGACUGUGCUGGAAAAAUUCGUUACCUUAGCAUCUUCGAUUUGCUUCAUGCUGGCGUCCAGGGAGCGAGAAACGCGAGAGAGCUCAUUCACUGGAUCCUCAACUCCCCACAAGAGGCGGCGUGGCUCGCACCCGAGUUCAUCCGGUCGCUCAUACACAUAGCCCAGCAAAUCAGUGUCCUUAUCCACCAAUAUGAGGCGCUUCCACCCGAAAGCCGCAAGAACGUCCGCUUUUCUGUACUGGCAGACAAUAUGAAAUGGCCCUCGAGCUUUCUGCAGAAAGCGGAUGCCUGGUCCACAGGUGCUACGUUGUUUUAUAUCGUCAGCGGUGGCAUUCAUCCGUAUGGCGACACCAGCGACCGGUCGAUAAUAACACAUAUCCUUGAGGACAGGAAGGUCAACCUCGAGAAGAUACGCGAGUCUCCACUCCUUCACGACUUGGUAGAAGGACUGCUUGCGUCAGACCCUGAUAAAAGAACAAGCCUCUCGCAGGCACUCUGUCAUGCUGCGUUCUGGAAGAUGGGGGAAACUGAACACUUUCUGAGGGCGUUUCAGGCUUCUGUUGAGGCCAACCCAGAGUCUUGCAUGGUGCUUGCCCUCUCCGACCCGAUUUCUUGGAUUUCAUCGCUCGCGUCCGCCGCCUCUCCCCUGUUCUCCCUACUGGUAUCCUACCUCACGUCUCCAUCGUGCCUAACUCUCCUCAUUUCGUCUCUUCGUGUGGAGAACAGCGUAUCCUUCUUGUUGUUUCUGGCGUUGUUAUCCGCCGAUUCUAGGCUGCCGGAACAAGAGCGCCGGUCUCUAGUCUCAUCAGCUAUCUUGCUUCACCCCUCGGCCUUCCUUAAAGCUGUCAGGCUACUAUUGUUUACUCGAAUCCCCGAGAACCCUGCCGAAUUUGUAAUAUCUCGCAAUUCAACCUACGUCAAACAGUACCUAGGCGACGGAUCCGGGGAUGCGGAACCGGCAUGCAAACGGGCAGCUGUCGGUAUCUCGCUGUUCGGGGCGCCUCAGUCUGAAACAGUUGCUGAAGGGAUGAAGCAUGCGGUACGACAUACGUCAGGCGAGGGCCAACAAGGACUACUGGGGGCGCUGCCAAGUGGCUCUCGUCCGGCGUCUGCUCCUGCUUUUGUUUCCAUGCACCGUAUGGGCUUUCCUGCAUCUGCGGCACCUGUAACGGCGUCAGAAGGAUCUUUUGAAUGCUACGUCCCUUCGGAAACUCACCAUUCGCAAACAGAGGAUUGUCAAAGACCUCCGCCUCCGCCACCCGCCGUCUCUGCGCAUGUGCUCCCUCCACAGGAAUUUACGCACGUCCAGUCAAUCUCCACUGACUGCGCUGGCAUUCCUAGCCACUUUACUCGAUGUAGCAACCACCCACACGGAGUGCCGUCUCCAUCGUCACUCACGGGGGAGCGUCCCGUGAAUUGUUGCGUGCCGUCAAGAAACCUCGUGCCCACCAUGGGUUCUUGUGUGGAACCAAAGCAGGUUCAUCCCACCAUGAUCCCACAAGUACGGGCGCUCAUGAAUGCAGCGAGAGCCAUGAUGCAACCGACUGACCAAGCAAAAAUACGGGCAACUCAAGAAAUGAACGUGACAGCUGCCUUGCCGGUUGGUAAGAAGGAUGCGUGCAAUUGGUUGCAGCAGGUUAAACCCCAGUCUGUUUCCGACCAGUCCGCCACUAUAUCACUCGCGGGUACUUCGGAUGGACUGGCUCUUGCAGUUCAGCAUAGCAAGGUGCCAGUUGAUCUCGAUCAACAGACUACGGAACUGCAGACCUUACAAAGCCAGACAGCUUCUGUCAAGAAUAGAAGUGUUCACGAGGCUGGCAUGAAUCGAACAAGUGCUGGUCUCAGCUGGAGGUUAUCCGCUUCGGAGUAUGGAGGCCAGAACAGUCAAGAACGCUCUGGAGACGGCAUGCGAAAAGGAUCCGAGGUGCUGAAAGAUGAUAGCAAACACACGAAACGUGGCAGUGGUUCGGCACCCAAAGCUUCGUCUCGCGGAGUGAAAUCAGCUCCGAAGCCAGUAGUCGCGCGCUCAGACCGAAACAGCGGACCGUGCCAGAACGCCACAGGGAAACAAACUUCAAAUGAUGAAAAGCUUGCCGAUUCUAAAGGACUGCCAAUAUGUGCAUCUAAACGCGUCACUGUUGUUGAGCCGCGUCAGCGACCUAAUCCUGCCGCGAAUACAAAGCCAGAACCACCCCAAGAUUUCCGUGGCACGUUGAAGCGAGAAACAGACGAUAAUGCUAACCAAUCAGAUGUGUUCGCGUCUCGGCAAGGGCAUCGGGAGGGAACGUCAAGUGACCAGGUGUCAAGCGAGUCUGCCAAGGGCAUGAGCUCCCCUCAAGGGUCAGCCCACGACUUUGAAGGUGGAGUGCGAGGCACAGCAGUCAUCCCGCCUUCAUCAUCUAGUGCUUUGUCGUCAGCUCCAGACGCAUGUUUCGUCCAACAAAAUGACAUGGCACACGUGAAUGACAUCACGCAGCUCCUGGGGACACCGAACUGA